AUAUAAAGUACACUCACACCGGUAGGACUAAGAUCCUGUCUGUCAUAUCUUCUGUGAAUAAAAAUCAAUUAUGGAUAUGUCGGAUUCUAAUGAGUAUAUGUUUAAGGAUGCUAAUCGCCGCCACGCUAACAGAAAGAUCUGGAUAUGUGGUGCUGUGGCAAUCAUUAUAGGGUUUGUCAUAGGGAUAUUGAUUGGAAGAUAUGCAACAUGUCCUGAGGAGAAAGAUGCUCCAAAACAGGACGGCACAUUUCUACCAGGUGUUUCAGAUUCUAUCAUAAAAGAUGGUGACCCCAAAAUAAGCGAGGAGAUAAUAAAUGGCAUUCGAGCAGACAAUAUCAGAGAAUAUCUAAGAGACCUAUCAGAAAAUCCUCACCUUGCUGGCACUCCCGCCGACUGGGAACAAGCCGACAAGUUACGGAAGUUUUGGACAGACAAUGGGUUAGACGAGGUAUUUAUCAGUGAAUAUGACGUGUUGCUGUCAUAUCCUAAUACAACAGACGAAGAUAAUAUGAACCAGAUACAGAUCGUCGACAACAGUACCGGCGAUAUCAUCUAUAAAUCACCAUUAUAUGAGGAUAUAUUGGAUGAAUCGGAAAACAAGUCCAAUGUUGUUCCACCUUUUAAUGCUUACUCUAAACCAGGAACUGUUGAAUCGGAUCAGUUGAUUUAUGUAAACUAUGGAAGAGUUGAGGAUUAUACUCAUUUAGACAGUUUAAAAAUAAAUGUAUCCGGGAAAAUUGUUAUUGCAAGAUAUGGGAAGAUAUUUCGAGGAGAUAAAGCAAAUCUAGCAUAUAUGCAUGGGGCCAUAGGAAUUAUACUAUACUCGGACCCAGCAGACUAUGCUAUGGGACAAACUGAUAGUUCACAAGUAUAUCCUCAUGACUGGUGGCUCCCAGCAUCAGGGGCACAACGCGGAACAAUAUUUCUGAGGUCCGGGGAUCCUUUAACGCCUGGCUAUCCAGCAACAGAGACUGCAUACCGUCUAGGAGAGGAUGAACCAGAAGCUGGCUUACCAAAAAUUAUAACACACCCUGUUGGAUACGGCAUCGCUGAAAAAAUACUGCAACAGAUGACUGGUGAUAAUGUUACAUCGGAGUGGGAAGGUGAUGUACCAAACGUCACUUACAGAUAUGGUGGACAGUUGAGUAAUUCAACAUGGAAAGUCAAAAUGAGGAUAUCUACAGCAAAUAAAAGAGUCAAUACUUACAAUGUUAUUGGAAUAAUAAGGGGAGCUAUUGAACCAGACAGAUACGUACUUUUGGGUAACCAUAGAGACGCUUGGGUGUUUGGUUCAAUUGAUCCUUCCAGUGGUACAGCUGUAAUGAAGGAGGUGUCACGUGUCAUGGGACAACUGGUUAAAAGUAACAAAUGGCGACCACGUCGGUCCAUAAUAUUUUGUAGCUGGGGAGCAGAAGAAUAUGGUUUAGUUGGUUCUGUAGAAUGGGUUGAGCAAUAUGUAAAAAAUCUAGCGGAGAGAUCACUUGCUUAUCUAAAUGUUGAUCUAGCUUUGCAAGGUAACUUUUCUCUGAGGGCGCUGUCGACUCCACUGUUGUAUGAUGUCAUUUUCUCAGCUACGAAAAAGGUCCCUAAUCCAGACUCCACUGAAAUCCAUAAAACUGUUUAUGAUAAAUGGAAGGCAUCUUUUCCAAAGGAUAGCAGUGACCCUAACAGUGUUCCUCGUGUUGGUGGUGUUGGUUCCGGAAGUGAUUAUGCUCCAAUGGUAAAAAUGGUUGGUUUACCCAGCUGUGAUGUCCGUUAUACAUUCGAUCCUAACAAGUACCAGUUGUCUUCCUAUCCACUGUACCAUUCAAAGUAUGAAACUUUUAAGGCUGUUGAUGAAAUCAUGGACCGGGGUUUCAAGCAUCACCAAGCCACAGGACAGGUAUGGGCAGAGAUGGCAAGGGCUUUAGCCGAUACAAUGGUUAUUCCAUUAGAUGUUGUAAACUUCGCAAUGGAACUGCUUUCCCUGGUAAAUACCCUUGACGACGAUUAUGGAACAAUGCUGCGAAAUCACAGUAUAACUUUUGAUGAUUUAAAAACGGUGACAGACAAUCUUAAAACAGAGGCAAUGGCUUUCAAAAGCAGGUUAACAAAAGUAAAUAAAUAUAAUCCUCUAGAAGUUCGGCAUAUAAACGAUCAGUUAAUAUUGUUUGAAAGAUCCUUUUUAGAUCCACAAGGUCUUCCUGGACGACCGUAUGCUAGGCAUGUACUGUUUGCCGAGAGUCUGGUAAACACGUAUGCUGGAAGUAGUUUCCCAGGAUUGGUGGAUUCCUUGUUUGAAAUCGAAAAAGACCCGGAUCAAAAAGGUCGAUGGAAUAUUGUUAAGAAACAUUUUUCAGUCAUUUUAUUUACCAUAGAAUCAGCUACUUCCACUUUAAGAGAAGUUACAAAAUUCAUGCCAGUUUUUAAUAAAGGUAGUUCGUGAUUUGUACGUACUGCACAUAGUUUCAUUGAAUGUUACAUAUUUUGAUAAAUAUUUAAUGCUUAUUUUAAACAGAAUAUGGAUAGCUUUAAGAAAAUAUAUUCUUUAGUAUUAUACUUUCUUGAACCAAAAUAAUGCCAACGCUUAUUUUAAUGCCAUUUUUCUUAUUUUCGAUGUUUUUGAUUAUAUUUGUUUACAUUAAUCGAGUGAAAAAUAAAAUACGUCAUAUAUAAAAUGAUGAAUUAUGAUAGCACUGAAUGUAGUAGAUUUUUCUUGUAUAUAACAAUGGAAUUAAACUGAAGGAUGCAUGCGUUAUAAAAUUAUUUGGAAUAUGUAUAUGUAUAUCAUUCAUUUAUAAAUUAUUUUAAUACCAGUUUGAUUUACGUCAAUAAAACAACAUGAUAAAAACCAAUAAAACAUUUAGUUGUGCCUAAACGUUUGAUAGCAUCAUUAAAAUAAAUAUUCCAUGUUUCAAAGAAGUUUGUAAAGUAUAUGGUACUGUAGAUUUCGAAAGAAAGCAGUUGUGAAAACAAUUACGGUUUCAGAUUACACAAUCGAUAUU